AUGAAUCCGGGAGACUUUAACCCGGGCGCGGGGCCUGGCCGGCCAGCCCCGAAUGGUAACAUGAGGAUGAAUCCCAACAUGCAAAUACCUAAACAAGAUAAUGUGCAAGCCAUGAUGAAUCAUGUUGCGCAAAUGUUACAAAACCAGGGACCGUACGGUGGUUGGAAGGCGGAGGUCCCCACCAAAACCAGAGCGACUAACGUCUACCAAAUGAUCACCUCCCUCCGUUUGAUCCAACCUCGUAUUGAUCUCACCCAAGCAGCCCAGGCGGCUAUGAGCUUCGAGCUAAAAGCCUUCACUAAAGCCAACGAGAAAAGCGAAUACGACAAGGAGUGCACCGAGAAACUGCUACAUAUCAGGAAUACCCGGGAAAGGCAAGCGGCGGUCGCGUACCAAAGCGGUAUGAUGCCCCAGAACGGUGGGCAGAAUAAGAUACCGGGAAAUUUUCCACAGCACAUCAAUCAGAAUAUGCAGGGGUCCCCAUCGGGCCCGCAGAUGGGGAUGGGGAUGAAUGGUCAAAAUCCGCAAGCUGCAAUGCAGCGACAACAGCAGCAGCAAUCACAGGCAAUGUUGCAGCAACAGCAGCAACAGCAGCAGCAGCAGCAACAACAGCGCAACCAACCGCGCCCCGGCAGCGGCGUACCUCUACCUGAUGACCUCAAUACCCUUUCCGCACAGGACCUCGACCAUGUCUCCCGAUUGGCGAACGAGAUGCUGAACAAGACAUCUCCAGAAGAUAUGGAAAAGAUCAAGAUGAACUUGUCCAACAUGACCCCCGAACAGCGCCAAUACCUUUCCCGCAAGAAACUCGAGCCGAUGACAUACUUCUUCCGUUCCCAAGCCCUUAACCAGAUCCGACGUCACCGACGCGCUCGACUCGAAAUGGGGCGCACGAACAACGGCGGGUUGGAUGCAAAUGGCAACAUGAUGGCCGAUCCGUCAAUGAACCCACAACAGCGACAAGCCAUGCAGAAUAUGCUGAAUCUCCAACGCAAUUCUGCAUUCCCGGGCAACCCUGGUCAGUCGAUGGAACCCCCAAACUUCAUGGGCAAUGUGGAAAACAUACAGGGUCAGCAAGCAGACGGUCUGCGUUCCCAGGAAGCAGGUCAGCUCGUGGUUCCCGCCAGCUCAUCGCAGAUGAACCAAGCUCCUUUCCCAAACAACAAUGCCAACAACAACAAUAUGUUCACUCAACAACAAAUGGGACAAAACGGACAAGGCAAUAUGAAUGGAAACAAUGUCAAUGCACAGGCUCAAUCGCUUGCUCAGCAACAUCUGCAAGGCGGCUUCAAUACCCAACAGGAGCGAAUGCAAUUCCAGGCCCAGCAAUCUCAGGCCCAGGCGCGUGCGCAAGCAGCUCAAAAGGUCCAAAUGUCAAUUUCGGGCCAUGGUGGUCAGGCAAACUCACAAGCACAACCGCAGCUCACCGGACAAAGCCCCGUUAUGCCAAUGCUCAACCAACCGAUGGGUCCCGGUCAGAUGUCUCCAGCUCAGGUGCCCAAUCAAUCCCGACCACCUUCCCGAACACCGAACAUGCCUCAACAUCCGUCAGGUGUGCCAGGACAGACUCCGAUGCAAGGCCGACCUCAAAUUCCUCCUAAUAUCCCACCACACAUCCAGGAACAGCUUGCUCGUAUGCCGCCUGAACAGGCCCAGGCUUUCAUCAUGCAGCAGCGUCGUGCCGCUUUGACUACCAUGGCUCGCGCCAACCCUGGUCAGCAACCCCAGCCUCAGCCCGGACAAGGUCAGUCGAUGAUCAAUAAUCAAAUGGGGAACGCCAUGAUGAGGGGUAUCAACGGACCUCAAGAUCUGAACUCAGUCGGCAUGCCCCAGGGUCAGCAAAUGACUCCACAGCAGCGCCAACAACGACAGAAUGAGGCUUACAAGCUUCAACUCCUGCGACAACACAACAACGGUGUGGAAAUGACCCCUGAGCAAGGCAAGCAAAUGGACCGGAUCACAUUCCCUCCAUCAAUCUUGAACAUGAAUGGCACUUCUAUGCAAGUUCCUAGUACUGUCAAGUCAUGGGGUCAACUGAAGCAGUGGGCUGCUACAAAUCCUCAAAGCAGAAUGCUCAAGGCCAAGGCGCGGCGACCUUCCAGAGUAACCAGGGUCCAUUCAACAAUGCACAGAACUUCCCUGGGGCUCAGCAGCCACCCCCCCAUGAACAUGGCGGCCAUGCGGCCGAUCUCCGCCCAAGACAUUCAAAUCGCCCGCCAAAAGCUUGGCCCGCAGUCCACCAGCUUCACCGACGAGCAGAUCCGCGAGAUCUUGUACCGCAACCGCCAAAAGAUUAUGAUGCAACAGGCUGCACAGAACCGAGCAUUGCUUGAAGGGAACGCGCAACCAGGCCAACCGGGCCAACCGACGGCACAACACCCAGUCCCUACAGCACCUCCUAUACCACAACUGAACCAGCAACCAAAUCAGACCCUACAAGGGCAGCUGAAUACCCCACAAGCGGUGAAUGCAAAGGUUCAAGCCGCAGCUGCCGUCAAGGGUGGCAAGGCUGCUGCUGCUCCAAAGCAAGCCUCAAAGAAGCGACCGAGCACCGAUGAUUCUGCGGAUGCUCGGCCUAUAACUACUCCGCAGAUGACCCAAAGUACACCCGUACCGGUAGCUCAAGCGAUUGCUCCUCCGCGACCAGGGCCCCAAAUUACACAGGAACAGCUAGCUCAGAUGACCCCCCAGCAACGUGCUCAAUUUGAGCUCCACAUGCGCAGGCAACAACAGCAACCCCGGGGCCAGGUCAUCAGCAGAGCUGCCGCAGAUGAAGCAUGGAGCAGGAAUCUACCGCCCCCGGUUAUGGAAAUCUACGAGGACAUCGCCAACAAUGCCCCACCCGCAAGACCUUUGCCUAUCUCACCAGACCAAAAGGCUGCGAUGACCAAGCAACUCCGGGACGCGCUGGAUGUUCUCGGUCGGUUGGAUGCUUUAGUGCAAUGGUUCGCAAAGAUGCCCGGCCAGGACAAGAACGUGAAGAACCUGCUUGCUAUGCGUAUCCAAUUGAUGAGACAGUUCAAACCAUCGCCGGAAUGGGUGGUCAACGAUACAUUUACUGUUACCGCUGACUACUUGUCUGGUGCAAUCAUGUUCAUGCGCAAGUUGUUCGCAGUGAUGAUCAAUCGUCUGCAACAGCAGCGUCCUCAACCCCCACAGGCCCCUGGCUCCAACGCACCAGCAGCUCCGCCCAUGCCUGCAUUGAAUGCAGUGAAUCUGCAGCAGUUGCAAGCACAGGAGGAAGCCAAACAACGAGCCCGACGUGCCUCUAGUCAGUCUGCCAACGCUCCAGCUGCACCUUUUGCGGCCCCAUCUCCCAGAGGGGUGCCUCAAUAUGCCGCCGGAGGACUCGCCCCCGAAAACCUCAAGCUGCCUCCACCCAAACGACGCAAGCAGUCUCAUGCCGGAGUCUCAUCAAGUCCGCUUCAAGCCAAUGCGAUUCCCGGCGCUGCCGCCGCAGCAACAAAAUACAACAAAGCGGUGGCCGAUGCGACUUCCAACGCCGCAGCUCUGGCUGGUGCUUUCAAGUGCAGUAUUGUCGAAUGCCCGAACCAUUACCAAGGGUUACCAUCACAGGCUGCCUUGGACAAGCACAUUGAAGAGAACCACCAGCCUGAGGAGGAGGAUGUUGUUGAUGAUUAUCUCAAGUAUUACCAUGAGAGUCUGUCCAUCGGUCUCAAUCUGAACCCGAACGACUCAAUGGAAGCGGAAGCACAGGCAGCGGCGACAACCGGAUCAAUCCAACCUUCCACUCGAUUGAAUGCUGUCGCUUCACCCGCAAAGCAGGGUCUUUCCACGCCUGUCAUUUCCAAUACCACGCCCAUGGCUCGGGUUACCAGCCAACUUGGACCCAAGACCGCGUCUCCUGCGACAUCCGCCCAACUGCUUACACCGCAGAUGUCAACCGGCAAGGCACCAAAGCCUGUUGGCAAGGACAUCAAGAAGGAUACUAUAAAAUCGGAACUGGAGGAAAGCGAGCACAAAGAUCCGUGGGCCGACUGUCCCACCUCGCUUGACACCAUCCACGACACUUUCUCUAAUUUCGCAAGCAAGGAUCUACCUCACCUGGGCUAUGAACCUCUUGAAGACUUUGACAUCAACCAAGCCACACCAGUCGACGACUGGCUUAACCUGGCUACUCUGACUCCUCCGGAUGAGGCUGAAGAGGCUGCUGUCUUUGACAAGUUCUACGAACCCUGGGACGAUGAAAGUAUCGCCCUUGCCGCUGCACGAAUGCGCAUUCCCCCUGAAAUUCAGGUCAAGAAUAAUGGUCUAAUGGGCCAGCUUGAGGUUGACUGGGAUGCCGUUGCUCGCUACGAGAAAGAAGGAAUCUCUAUACCCAUGUGUUGA